GGACCAACCCCAGGCGGUUGGACUAGCCAAGAACCCUAACCAAAAAAAUCCCCACCUUCUUCCCCUCCAAAUCUCCCAAUCCGCUGCCCCUUCGAGAAAUUCUGCCCAAGAUUCCGCACGAGUACCGCCGGUUCCCUCCAGCGAGGGGAGGGGAGGGGUCCGACCCAUCUCGGCGGCGGCGGCGGCGGCGGCGGCGGCGAGUCGGGGAAGAUGAAUCCCCUGACGCAGGUGAAGCGGACGCAGGUGAUAAACCAGAAGGAGGCGGCGCUGGGCCUCAGCGAGGACGCCUCGUGGCACGCCAAGUUCAGGGGCUCCGCCUACGUCUUCGUCGGCGGCGUCCCCUUCGACCUCACCGAGGGCGACCUCCUCGCCGUCUUCGCGCAGUACGGCGAGGUGGUCGACGUGAACCUCGUGCGCGACAAGGCCACCGGCAAGUCCAAGGGCUUCGCGUUCGUCGCGUAUGAGGACCAGAGGAGCACGGUUCUUGCCGUCGAUAAUUUGAAUGGGGCUAAGGUUCUUGGGAGGAUCAUCAGGGUUGACCAUGUGGAGAAGUACAAGAAGAAGGAGGAGGAGGACGAGGAGGAGCUGCAGAAGAAGAGGGAGGAGCGCGGCGUGUGCUAUGCUUUCCAGAAAGGCGAGUGCAACCGUGGAGAUGCCUGCAAAUAUUCCCAUGAUGAACAGAGAAAUGCAAACACUGGUUGGGGUUCUAAGGAGGAUGACCCAAAAUGGGAGCAUGACAGGCACCGUGGUCCACAAAAUAAGGGGGAAUCCCGUGGCAUCUGCUAUGCUUUCCAGAAAGGCGAAUGCAGUCGGGGAGAUUCCUGCAGAUUUUCGCAUGAUGAGCAGGUAGCUGUCCAGGGCCGUGGCGUCUGCUACGCUUUCCAGAAAGGCGAGUGCAGUCGCGGAGCUUCCUGCAGAUUUUCACAUGAUGAGCAGAGGAAUGCACCAAAAUCCACCAAAGAGCCACAAAAAUUUCCCUGACAGGAAUAAAGAAGAGACGAGAUCAGGGGAUAGGGAUGGUCAAUCCUCAAGAUCAGAGUUGCACAGGGACCGAGAUUCUAGGUCGAGACACGGCGAUAGAGACACAAAAGAUAGUGACAGGAACAGGCACGAGAAAUCCCCCGAGAGAUCAAGAGGUGACAGGCAGAGAGGCGAUGACAGGGGAAGAGAAGAUAGAUCAGACACAAAAGAUAGGGACAGGAACAGGCAUGAGAAAUCCCCUGAGAGAUCAAGAGGCGACAGGCAGAGAGGCGAUGACAGGGGAAGAGAAGAUAGAUCAGAGAG